AUGGACGAUCAGCUCGAGGAUAUUCCUUCACCGCGUCUACCCCAGGAGCUUAUCGACCAUAUAAUCGACCAUCUGUACGACGACCCUUUGGCGCUCGCCAACUGUGCACGCGUUUGCCAUGCGUGGCUCCCGACGAGCAGACUACACCUGUUUGCUAAGGUGUCGCUCAAAGCAGCAUCCCCUCAUAAUGGACCGGCUGUGCCCCAGGAUCGGUGUAAACGGCUGCACGCACUACUACUUCGUUCUCCAGAAAUCAUACCUUACAUCAGGGAACUGGAAAUUUGCGAGGGUUCUCCGCUACAUCACACCCAUCCGAAUGUGCAGAGUUCAACGACAUGGGUCACGACGGAACGAACUUUGACUGCGCUAUUCAAGACGCUCUCACACGUCGAACGCUUCGACUUCUCCUCGACUUCUAUUUUCCACUGGUCGACUCUAUCUCCGACCUUCAUCACCGCGCUAUGUGUGCUCUUCUCACUUCCGUCGCUCACCUAUGUCCGUCUUCACUCGUGGGUGUUCCCGGACUUCGCGUCAUUAACGAGGCUGUUAUCGCACUGCCAGAAUCUGAGAGCACUGGCGCUGUCAUCGACCACCAUCAACAGCGAUAGCGGCUCGGAACUCAGUCACGCGCCUGGAGUCGUGCCUGAGGACAAAGACCCUGGCGACCUCCAGCACGCGCAGAGGCCCCUCGAGGUACUCACGCUGGAUUACGUCAAUUUCGCUUAUCUCGAGUACUGGCUUCUGGGACGCCAGCAGCUCGUGGAUAUCAGGACGCUCAGGGAGCUGCGAGUGGCGCACUUCCAGGAGCCGCACAUCAUCAACAGGCUCCUGCGCGCACUCGGCGGCUCCCUCGAGCACUUCCAUUUCAAACCGGGAUGCUGGAGUGUGUAUCCGUUCGAUCUGUCUGUGAACACGGGCUUGCGGUCCCUUCGUCUUACUCUUGAGGACGAUCCAACAACGGCAGCUAUGGACUGGGCUAUGAAGAUGCUCUCGAGCAUCACAGAAAGCAAUGCUGUCCUUGAGAGCGUUGGCAUAGAGUUCUAUGCGGAACCCAAGAAAAUGACUGGCUGGAGAGAACUAGAUGCGCUUUUCAUGCAGCCUCAAUUUGAGUCUCUUAAGCGUGUCGAGAUGGGACUCUUUGCGAUCCCGACCCACGCGGAUUUCAUUGCAGUCAAGGAGGAGAUGAGCGGGCUGGGGAGCAGGGACAUUGUGAGGUGGUAUCAACUCGGCAAGAACCGCCAACGUUCGAGCCGCCAACUUACGCCAAUGAUCUCCCGCUAUGAGUCUUGA